GCAACCUAUCAUUUCCUCAUAUAAGUCAUUACUACAGAAAAAAAAAAACCUUUUUUCACAAUGGCAUCAAACUCAAUGUCUGCUUAUGGAUCUGGCUCAUGGACUGUUAAGCAGAACAAAGCCUUUGAGCGUGCUCUAGCAACGUAUGACGAAGACACUCCUGACCGUUGGUACAAUGUUGCUAGAGCGGUUGGUGGGACAACACCAGAUGAAGCUAAAAGACAAUAUGACAUUCUCGUGCGUGACAUCGAAAGCAUUGAGAAUGGGCACGUGCCAUUCCCUAACUACAAGACUACUGGAGGCAGCACCAAAGGCAAGCUGCGUGAUGAGGAAAAAAGUGUUACUCAAGCUUUGUGACAGCCAAAUUUAAAUCCCACACAAACAAAUAUGCCUAGAAUCAUUCCUGGAUGAGAAACAUGAAGCUACAGUGAAGGAAGAAGCAACAGAACCUAACUAUCGUAUGAUCGAUGGUCAAACAAAUAAAAAGAGAAUCACAAAUAUCAAUGUGUUUCAUUUGUAUUUUUAAAUUGUAUUUGCUAUUUUCCCCAUGCUUAGAAUCUAGUAAUCUACUAGUAUUUCGUGGAAACAAAAAGUGCACUCGA